UGUUGGGCCUGACCGUUUGGUGGGCUGGACCAGUUAGGUUAAACGGAAUCUAAGGAGGGUUUUUGGCAAAAGGGGGGAUUGACAAGCGGGUGUUCACACUUAGGUUCCUGGAUUGUCAUCCUUGUUUCUAGGAGUCACAUUUUCAAUCGCUACAACAGUCACCUGGAUCCAAGACAAAUCUCUCGUAAAACGAAAUGAUGUACAAUUCACCUUGGACAGGAGGAUGAUUGCUCUGAACUCAGCGCAAGCACUCAGGAACUUAGUGCAGUAGUAAGCACAGUGUAAACGCGCGCCGGAUCUCUUGUGAGGCGUCUCUUAGGGUUUUUGGUUGAGAUGUGUGCCAAGCGUAGCCGCGAUUAUGUCACGGUAGAGGAAGCAAGGGAGGCGGUGAAGACCAUCCUCGACAUGAAUGAAGACGAUGUCUUCAUCAAAGGCAAGUCCACUCUCCUGCCAUAUCCAGGCAUAGGAGACCCGGUUAAUAGGCCUCCGGUGGAGCUCAACUACGUGGGUCGCGGGAACACGUUGUUUGAGCUCCUGGGCACCUGGAUUUCUGGUCGUGAGGUUUUGAUCGUCGGUCCCAAGGGCAUUGGGAAGUCAUCCGACUUUCGAGCCAUGGCGUGUGUUCUCUACAAGUGGCUCAACACUCCCGACGACGAGGAGAAUCGAGAGAAGCGCAUGCAUCUCCAGUUGCGUGAGGGUGUGAAGUACCGGCCAGUUUUUCUGUGGGCAGAGACGUUCCUGAUCGAUCAUGUAGAGGCAACCAAGAACGCGCUUCUCUUCUCAUAUCUUGUGGACGAGAUCAGGCAAGUCGACGGCUGGCAAGAGACUGAAGCUGCCAUCGCGAGCAUCGUGUCGAUGGAGGAGGCGCUUGGGUUUAUCAAGGAGCGCAAGAAGAACAAAGCAGAAGUGUUUUACUUCUUUAUAGACGGAGGCGAGGCACUUGAUCCAAGUGAUUUCCUUGGGAAGCCAGUGUAUGACCACGAUGCAAAGUCUGCAGCGAAGAAGGAUCUGCGCGUCCUUUUGAGCGCGGGUACAAGAAUUUGUUGGUGCACUAGUCCGAAAGCAGGUAUUUUAAGCAGGAAGAAUCAAUUGCCAUCGUUCACUUAUAAACGCCAGAAAGCUGUCUUUGACGAGGAAGAGUAUUCCACCUUCUCUGGAAAUUGCGUGCUUGGUAAACUUCCAGCUCGUCGUUCCAGCAUCGAAUACUACACUGGACUCGUCCCGCUUUUCCUUGAUGCUAUGUCCGCCUGCUGCGAGACUGUUCUUCGAGACUUGGCGCUCGCUGAAAGUGACACACUUGCAGGCAUGCCGUCGUGGAUGCAAUAUGGUCGAAGGAAGACUUUACAAGCAACCGAUGAAAUGAUAACGAUGUUGAACGACGAAGAUGAGUAUUGGGAUCGCGUUCUACGGGCCUUUACCCAACACAGUGAGAUUGAUGAGGUGCGGAAAAAGGCCAGUAAGAUACAAGUACGAGGUGCGUGCAGAACAGAUGCAGACAUAGCACGUCUGGACCCGAGUUACGUUCUUGACGCCAGCACGGGGGAGUACUGCUCCAGCUACAUCAAGAGGAUCUACUUGAAUGUGGUGCGCGAGAAAGAAGACAGUGAAACACUAAUGUUUCACUAGUUUGCUUUGAUUUUAUCAUAAAAGACCUCUUUAACCUAAUGUAAAACAUCCUUAUAUACAGUAUUAAUUGUAAAA